GGGGAGAGGAAACUGUGUCAGGCAAUACUGCAGUCGCAGCCGCCUCUUGCGCUCAACCCCAUCUCUGCUGCUGCUGCUGCAACUUGGAGGGCUGUGGAGGCUCCGCUGCUUGCCAACUUCUGCAGCUGGCUGCGAGCUCUGGCGGAGGGCAGCUCUACCUCCGCCGCAGCACCCCCUGCCCGCCUUUCCUUUUGUGCUCCCGUUCCUGUUUCCCCUCCCCAGCCUGUAAUCCCCGCCAAAGCCAGGGAAGGGUCCGGGCAGGAAGGGGCCAGCACAUCUCCAUGGGAUGAUGUCCGCUUUCGCCCGGCGAGGCGCGGGGUGGAAUUCCGCCGGGAAUGAAGUGCACGUUCGGCAUUUGCUGCAUCUGCUGGAGAGUCAGGGCUCAGCGGCUGCCUCUCCUGCAACCGGCUGUUGUGUUUAAUCACUCUGCUUCUAACUUUUCCUUUGCCAUGCCUGAUGGCCAGCCGAGCCGAGAGAACUAGCAGGGGAUUUUCAGGACCGGCUCCAAGAACCGCUACCCUUCAUUUUCCCGUGGCCGCACAGGACUGAGGAGUCGCACGCUAAAGAGCUAUGUAAAGAUAUUUCUUUCCAAAGGAUUGCCACACUUUUGAGUCCUCGCAAUCUGGAGUGCCCGGGACGAUUCUUUUCGUGUUUUCCUGCCCUGAAGUGAAGAGCAGCCUGUGCCUGCAGCCCUGCUCGGCUGGAGGAGGCAGCCUCCAAGUGAGCCUUAGCUGCCUGGAAAGUGACUCCAGCGCGGGCAGGGAGGGACAAAAAGCAGCCACUACUGCCAUUAGUUGAAUGAUUUGAUAGAUAACAGCAGACAUGCUUUGUGGACUGAAAAAGGAUUUGCAGUCAGACUUUGAUGAUGGCCCUUACUCGAAGGGGAGCAAGGACUCUGGUGGGAUGGACACAGCCCUGGUCUCCAGAAGACAAAGCAUCCCAGGUAAAGGAAGAGAAGAGUUCAGAGGGGUCACGAUUGUGGAGCUGAUUAAGAAGGAAGGAAGCACCCUUGGGUUAACCAUUUCAGGUGGCACAGACAAAGAUGGAAAACCAAGAGUCUCCAAUCUGAGGCCAGGAGGACUGGCUGCAAGAAGUGACCAGCUGAACGUUGGGGAUUACAUCAAGUCUGUGAAUGGCAUUAACCUGACCAAGCUGCGGCACGAUGAGAUCAUAAGCCUGCUGAAAAACGUAGGCGAAAGGGUAGUGCUGGAAGUGGAGUAUGAGCUUCCGCCAGCCGUGCCAGAGAGCAGUGCUGGUAUUAUUCCCAAGACCAUUGAGGUGUCCCUCUACAAGGAAGGCAACAGCUUUGGUUUUGUUCUGAGAGGGGGAGCCCAUGAAGACUGGCACAAGUCCAGACCCCUGGUGCUCACCUACGUGAGGCCAGGUGGCCCAGCAGACAGGGAAGGGUCCUUAAAAAUUGGAGACAGGCUGCUGAGCGUUGAUGGGAUCCCUCUGCACAGCAUGACCCACGCCGAUGCCCUCAACAUCCUGCGGCAGUGCAGCCAGGAGGCACUCUUCCAGAUCGAGUAUGAUGUGACCAUCAUGGAUACUGUAGCAAAUGCUUCAGGUCCUUUGCUAGUUGAAAUAGCAAAGACUCCAGGGUCUACGCUAGGAAUCACACUGACGACCACCACACACCGGAACAAGCAGGUCAUUGUCAUUGAUAAGAUCAAGCCAGCCAGCGUGGUGGACAGAUGUGGUGCGCUGCGUGUUGGGGACCACAUUCUCUCCAUCGAUGGCACGAGCACAGAGCACUGCUCCUUGUUAGAGGCCACCCAACUUUUAGCUGCCACUUCAGAAAAUGUCAAGCUAGAGAUAUUACCUGUUCACCAAAGCAGGCUGCCUUUGAAGCCUCCAGAAACAGUCAAAGUGCAGAAGAGUGACCACCACCACUGCUGGGAUCCCUGUGUCAAUUACUGUCACACCCACCACCCCGGGCACUGUAAGACACCCACUUGGAACCAGACGUCUGGACAGGAUUACUGCAAAUGUAACCUCACUCUGAUGGCUGCCAACUUCUCAUCUCCCACCAUGAACGCGCAGGGCUUCCCCUGCCAGAACUCGAACACGCUACCUCGCAGCUCCCACCCCAUGAGCCCCCGCACCACCAUGCUGAGGAGGAGACAGAAGAAGAAGGAGCACAAGAGCUCACUGUCGCUGGCCUCCAGCACGGUGGGUCCUGGUGGGCAGAUAGUCCACACGGAGAUGACAGAGGUGGUGCUCAGGGGAGACCCUUUGAAUGGCUUCGGACUUCAGCUGCAGGGAGGCAUCUUCGCUACCGAAACCCUCUCCUCCCCUCCUCUCGUCCGUUUCAUUGAGCCCGACAGCCCGGCAGAGAGAUGUGGGCUGCUACAAGUAGGAGACAGAGUCCUUUCUAUCAACGGCAUUGCGACUGAGGAUGGGACUAUGGAAGAAGCCAAUCAGCUUUUGCGUGAUGCUGCACUCACAAACAAAGUGGUGCUUGAGAUUGAAUUUGAUGUGGCAGAGUCUGUCAUACCCAGCAGCGGUACUUUCCACGUUAAAUUGCCCAAGAAAAGAGGUGUAGAGCUUGGAAUUACAAUCAGCUCAGCAAGCAGAAAGUCUGGGGAGCCUUUGAUCAUCUCUGACAUCAAGAAGGGGAGUGUAGCACACAGAACUGGCACCUUGGAGCCGGGAGACAAGCUGCUAGCCAUUGAUAACAUCCGACUCGACAAUUGCUCAAUGGAGGAUGCUGUGCAGAUUUUAAGGCAGUGUGAAGACCUGGUCAAAUUGAAGAUUAGGAAGGAUGAAGAUAACUCUGAUGAGCAGGAGACAACUGGUGCUAUUAUCUACACAGUGGAACUGAAGCGGUACGGUGGGCCCUUGGGAAUAACCAUCUCUGGAACAGAGGAACCUUUUGAUCCUAUCGUCAUUUCAGGCUUGACUAAACGAGGGCUGGCAGAAAGAACCGGAGCCAUCCACAUCGGUGACCGAAUACUAGCGAUUAACAACGUGAGCCUCAAGGGCAAACCUCUGAGCGAAGCCAUUCAUCUGCUGCAGAUGGCAGGAGAGACAGUCACACUGAAGAUCAAGAAGCAGACAGAGAAAUCUUAUCCUAAGAAGUCAGGGAGCAUAAAUGAAGUGAGUGACCCAGAAGAUGAACUUACAGACUCCCAGAAAACUAGCAAGCUGUCUGAGAUCUACUCCACCACGAUCCCUAGUGUGGACAGUGCUAUGGAAUCUUGGGAUGGCUCUGGCAUUGAUGCUGGAUAUGGAAGCCAAGGUACAUACAUACCUCAGGCUACAGGCAUAGCCCUUCAUCCUCAUGAAUGGAGGCACAGCAGGCAGAAGAGCAGCACCCCUCCAGGGGAUCCCAGGAAAAGUUACCCCUACAUGGAUGGAAGCUUCAGUGAAGAUGACUGGGACAAGCCCAGCAGAUACCCCAACCGCCAAAAUGGCCUUGAGACCACUCACGAGGAUAGUUUUUGGCGUGUUUUUGGAGAAGCUUUGGAGGAUUUGGAAACAUGUGGCCAGUCUGAACUUUUGAGGGAAAUUGAGGCAUCCAUCAUGACAGGAAGUGUGCACAACCUGGGCCUUGAGGGCAGCAAGCUGCUCCUGGACUCGGUCAACCCAUCGGGACUCAGCCCACUGAGGAAAGCAAACUCUAGCUGUGAUGAUGGACAAACUGAGAGCAGCAGCUCCCCUGCCAAGAAGAACGAGAGGAACCUGGACAUGAAGAAGAUUGAGAAGGAGAUGCAGGAAAUCAUGUCUCCUACCCCCCUCGAGUUUCACAAGAUGACGCUCCGCAAAGACCCAGAGAGCGAAGACUUCGGAUUCAGCGUGUCGGAUGGCCUGCUAGAAAAAGGAGUCUAUGUAAAUAUGGUCCGUCCGGAUGGGCCAGCAGAUCAGUGUGGCCUCAAGCCAUAUGACAGAGUGCUUCAGGUAAACCACGUCCGAACAAGAGACUUUGACUGCUGUCUGGCUCUUCCCCUGAUUUCGGAGGCUGGAGAUAAGCUGGACCUGGUGAUUAGCCGAAACCCCUUAGCAGUGGCUGCCAACACUUCCCAGGAGGGGAACAAAGAGCUGCCAGCGCAGGUGGCCUGCGGCGCUGAGGUCAAGGCGAGUGUCCAGACGCUCUGAACGGUGGGAGCAGAGCAGGCAAUGCCAGAGCCUCUGCUGAGCCAUUGUGAUAUUUGGGGUGGUUUUCCUGGUUUUUGCACUGGUGUUUGUAAAUGCUGUCCCUACCCAAACCUGUAAGUGGGGAGGUGGUCUUCAGUGAGCCUGUAGCCCACCAAAUGUAGCUGGGAAGGUCAGAGCUGAAUGCGCAUCUCGGGUUGUGGGCAGCGUUGGUGAUGGGGUGAGCUGCCAACAGGAGGAAGGAGCAUCCACAGGCAUCCCUCAUGGCAGGGCAUCCUCCUUUGCCCUGUCUGCUGGGGUGCACAGAGUCCUGCCACCACCAUCCUCCUCCUCACCCUGAAGGCCUUGGCCUAUCAAUACACAUGGUGCUAUUAUGUUUCUUGUUUGCUCAGUCAACUGCAUACAUAAGAUUCAAGCGCCUUUGCUUUUCCAUUGUGCCCACCUCAUCCACCUAAACGCUCCUGACAAACCUAUUUCCACAGCCCUUUGCACUCCGGGUGCAGGGCUGUGGAGAGCCCUGUUUAAGACAUGUUUAAAAUGUGCUUGAGAGUGGCUAGAUGCAUUUUUUUGUUCCAAAUCUGGUAUUUGUAGCCAGUUUCUGCCAACCCUGUCAGGCGCUCGCCACCAAAGGGUGGCUUGCCAUGUGGUGGAAGGAGAUACCUCAUCUUGGCAUUGAUCCCAGUGAGCAUUGUGGUUACCUGUGCUGGAGUGGUUAUUACAGAGCAGAAGGCCAUACCCAAGGUUAAGAGCCUUUAAUACCUGCCAAUUGUUUGUCUGUGCUUUAUGGCGAUCUCUUGCUUGCAAACCUGGCCUGUACCCACAAGUAAAUAGCAGAAUAGUGGUGUUGCCAGAGCUGUCCAUGAUGUAGUGAAUAAACACCCCGGUGUCUCCCAUCAGGCAGUGGCAUGAGAAGCCCUUGGUUAGAUGGAGGUUGUGUCCCAUGUGUCAUUUGUGGUCUGGGCAGUCUAUGUGUCCGCAGGGGUUGGGCUGCUUGUCCAGGUCCACCCUCAUUUGCCUGUUGCUGGCCUCUCCGUGGCUUUGGCAAGCAUGAUGCCCCAGGGUUGCUCUCCCCCUUCCUGAGAGCCACCAGCUCUGCAGGGAAGAGGGGCUGUGACGUUUGCCUCCAUUUCCUCGUCUGCCUGACAUGUUUCAGAUAUUAGCACUUUACGAUGAUGUUCACGUCCCAGUGGUGGUGUGACCCUGGCAUUGCUGUCUCUGUGAACACUUGGGCACAGCAGAAGCAAGGAGCUUGCUCGGUAAGACACUGCACCCCUAAUGCCCACCCCCCCACCCCCGUUCCUCACUCACCUGUUUGCUCCUCCACGGCUACACAAGCACCAACAGUGCACACAGGGCAUGGGCUGGGUGUGCAGCACACGUUUGUCACUUUGCUGAGCCAGGACUUGUGUUCCCCAGCCACUUUGUGACCAUCCCUCUGAAAUAGCUCAACCUAUCAGGGUAUUUCUCCCAGAUGUGUGCCCAGCCCCUUCCAGCUGUUUGUUGUCGUAGCCAUUUUCUCUUUGAGUAUGCAAUACCCCAUACCAUUGCUGCCACAACUAGAUAAUGUGCCAUAAUUGAUACUGUGGAGCAUUGACAGUGCAGCUGAAAAGUGGGUUUGGUUUUUUUUUUUAAUAUGCAAUAUUCCAAGCAGUGGAAGCUCCCUGAGGGCUUCUCAUAGGUUUUUAAUGAAGACUUUUAUUAAAGGCUUUAAAAAAGAAGAGAGAGAGAAAAAAAAAAGGGAAGAAAAACUUGGUCCUUGUAUCCCUUCCUAUGCAUUUUGAAUGAUAUGAAGAGGAAAUGCAUUAAUUAAAUGUGUAUUUUUAUCCAUAUAUUAGAGUGUAUUCCUUGUAAAGUAUUUUUCUAUGCUGAUUUUCUUAUGUAUCUAUUGAAAGCACAAUAUUUAAAAGUACAGCAUUUCAAAGAAUAUUUUAGUCCUGUUUUGGACCUCUUUGUAAAUCUCUGUAUUUAAAUUGGGAUUGCAAGGAAAAAAAAAAUGUUGGUUUUUUUUUUUAAUUAAAUAAAAGCCAAAUG